GGUCAAUUGCACUUAUGUUUACUGCAAUUUUUCAUGGCAGGCGGCUUGAUGAGUCUCAUUUGUCUGAAGUUACUGAGCAAUAUCGAAGAAAAUACUGAAAAUUCCGUUGGUUGAAUUCUCUUCAUUCUUAGACUUUGCUCUGGUCUGGCGCCCUCUGCCGUGUGUGAGCUGGUUGAUUAAAUCCACCGGGAUCAUGGGGAGUUCCAGCGUCGGUCAGUGUUGUGGACUGGUCUGGGCCUUUUGCAGAAUUGGUGCUCAUAAGUGUUGCCAGAAGCUGUGCUGCAGAAAAGAGUCACCACCACGACCGCAGUACACCGUCGUCUGUCUGGGUCUGUCCGGGGCCGGCAAAUCAACUCUGCUUACUCUGCUGUGUGGGGAAAAGACAGAGGAAGUGAUACCCACAGUCGGGUUUAGCAUCAAAGCAGUUCCCCUUGACGAUGCUGUACUAAAUGCCAAAGAAUUAGGAGGAGGAGCCAAUAUCCAGCCCCAUUGGCAUCGAUACUACGAAGGCACUGAGGGGAUUGUGUUUGUGCUAGACAGUGCAUGCUCAGAUGAAGCUUUGCAAGAGUUAUCUGAGGUUUUGUCGUCCACCCUGACCCACCCAUCCCUUCAAGGUCUACCCCUGCUGAUACUUGCUAGUCAUCAAGACAAGCCAACAGCUCGCAAUAAAGACCAGCUGACAGAAGCCCUCAACCUGGACAGCCUCAAACAAAACCAUGAAAUGAUUCUCCAGCUGUGUUCGCAGGACGACAUUCCCAGCGUGAGAGAGGGCCUGGUCCGCUUGGCUCAGAUACUGCACACGACGACGGACCACGAAGACAACAGAGUAUGAUCGGUAGGCUCCCCCAUGUUGGCCUGUAAUAAACUCCGUUGAUCAAAAAGCGAGAACGUACUGUCAUCUAUUGACAGUCAAGUAGGUGAGUUUGGUGGGGAAGUUAGACCGAAGCCUUAUCUUGUUGGAGUUGUUCAGUACUGUCUUACCAAGUUUAACCAAUGCUUGGUAAGAUUUUUAAGGGUGCUGUACAUAAAGUAAAGUUGAACUGAGGUUUUUUUAUACUAGACUUCAAUGUGUCAGCACUGUUAGAGGACAGAUUUGAAAAUUGCCAAAGUCAACUUGACUAGAGAAAUAGAGCCAGAGCAAGAAUUUGGAAAAGUUUGGAAAGCCUUGUAUUUCUGUUUUGAGCUCAAGGCAGUGUUAACUAUCAGGCACUUGUGUGCUUCUAUUAACCUUAAGGCAGAAUUGACCAUAAGUCAUUGUGCAUUUUUGUCCUUUGAAGCAACAAAAGUGCUCAAAAUUCAAAGACAGAUGCUUAACAACUAACCCAUUUAUGGAAUCGCCCAAUUACAAACCAACUACAAACUGAAAUUUUAAAAAAUGUGUCACUUGACACAUGUUUGGAAAGGACCUUCUUGUAAUGUUUUCUCUCAAAAUGACAGCUUGCCAGAAGGAAUAAUUUCACAGGGAGAUUAGUGUCAUUUCUAUUAGUGUCAUUACUAUCUUUAAAUAGAACAGGCUUAACGAUAACUUGGUAGGUUACUUUUUCGAUAGCUGCAAGAUGUCCACUCUACCCUAGCCAGUUUUGGAAUUUGGAGGAAGUUUUGCUAAUAUUUUUUUCUAUUUCUUACUUUGUGCAGGAAAAUCAUUGGUACAUUCUCGUAAUAAAAUUCAUGUGGCUGGGCCAGAUGGCAGUGGGUCCUUUAAAGUUCUUUAACCCUAACUCCUAAAUACAAAUUGAAAGUUUGAAGGAUUUGGAAGAGCUACGGUAGAUGAGAUUUGCCAGUCUCUCUAAAAUAGAAUGUAUGUUAUAUGAUUGAUCAUUAUUUUUGUGGAGGACAGAGAAUGCAGUGAUGCUCCAUAUUUAUGUAAAUAAAUGCUUGCGGGCAAAUGAGGCUUGCCAGUAACAUACUUCUGGAUUUGCUAACUGUUACAGUGCAAUACAAGUUUUCAGGGGGAAAGUUUUGCUAAAUGUUUUCCACUAUUCCUAUAAACUUUGUGGUACCUAAAUUUUCCCGCGACUCAUUUUUGAAAUUGAGUCAAGACAAGCAUGAUACUGAUCAGUGAUCACUGGAAAGGCCAUUGGUGUCUCAUUAAGUACAUUGUGAAUUAUAAGAACUCCACAGAGCAGAUUGCAAGUACUCUGUUAUCUUUUAUUUUAAAGUUGAUUGUAGAAGUCGGAUGUGAAUGUAUUCAGUAGUGAGUAAAGUCUGUCACGAGUCAGUGUGGCCCAUCAGGCCAGCGUUUAUCUCCGGUUUCAGUAGCAUGAAACGACUGAGAAUAUUUCUAUUCCCCCUGGAUGGGAUGCUUGU